CCCCGUUGCUGUGCCCAUCGCCAUCGCCACCGCCACCGCGGAAUCGCCAACCCCCCCCCCUCCCCGCUGCAUCGUCUUCUUCCUUGCCGACCGUAUUCUCCUCCUGCUCCCGUCAGUUGGUGGCUUCUCCCUGCGCAUCCUCGUCACUCGCUGCGAUCAAUUUGCUGUGCGCCCUGCAGGUCAACACAUUGAAUGGCCUCUACUGAAGGCAUCCGUUCAGGGUUCAUGUCAUAGGAGAGGGCCUUAUCAACUAGAACAAUGCUUAGUUCAUUUUGCAGAAUACUUGUGUUUUUGCAAUAAUGCGCAGAAAUGCGGGCUCCUUGGGUGAAACUUGGUGCAUUGUCCCGUAAAAUAAAUCCUUUAGGAACAUCAAAUCAAAAUCAGGUAGUGGUAGAUAUAACUCGGAACAGUCAUGAGAACAGCAAUGGACAUGGACUUGGAGCACAUUCAGUUCCAGUUGCGCUUGGGGAGACAUCUACACGAUCUCCAGGGUGGAGCUUUCGAAGACACAAACAGAAUGGGAGUCGAUCCCCGAGUUCCUGUGGGUCAGCUGGCACCAACGGUUCAAGCUCUCUGAAAUGCAAAGAAGUACGGAUUGAUGUUGGAGUAGAUGAGGGCUCGGACCUUUUGGGAGAGAUUGCCAUGCUUGGUAACUUAACUCCUUUAAUUACAGGACUGUCGUCAAGGUUGGCUCCGCCUGGCGAAGUUUCGGCAAGAUUGACGACGAAGACUUUUUACUGGGGCCUUCGUCAUAUUCAACUCGAUGACAUAGUUGCGGUUAGUACGAAGGUGUCAUGUCACAAUGGCAGUGAGCGCUUUACCAUACAUUCGUAUCCUCUUAUGCAUACACGGUGGGUGCCUAGUUGCCUUGGCGAGCAUCGCAGACGCCGGAAUGACUUGCACUUUGCAGCACCAAGUCAAGAAGAAGCUGCUAAUUGGGUCAAUGCCUUCGCCAAUUACUGUCAUGUGAAUUUCAACAAACUACCUGCAAAGGAGCAGAAAGGAGCUUCUGUAAAAGAGGAGGUUGUCAUGAAAGUGCCAAUAAAAUGCAAGCCCGGACCUGUCAUGCUUGUUGUCCUCAAUCCCCGUUCCGGAAAAGGGAAGGCCAGCAAGGUGUUCCGGACAAAAGUGCUGCCAAUCUUAGAGUUGGCAGGGUGCACCCUUACAGUGGUGGAGACAACACAUGCUCGUCAUGCCCAAGAGCUAGCAGCUAGCAUUAAUCUUACGGAGUGUGCCGACGGCAUCGUUUGUGUGGGCGGUGAUGGUAUACUAAAUGAGGUCCUGAAUGGAUUGCUAAGCAGAGAUGACGCAGAAGCUGCUAGAGCCAUUCCACUGGGCAUUAUUCCGGCAGGCUCUGACAACUCGCUUGUGUGGACUGUUUUUGGCAUUCGCGACCCUACUGCUGCUGCAGUUGCAAUCGUCAAGGGAGGCACAAUUACGACUGAUGUGAUUGGAGUGGAGUGUCAUAAGACUGAUGACGUGCAUUUGGGUCUUACAGUGGCUUACUACGGUUUUAUGAGUGAUGUGCUUGAAUUAUCCGCCAAAUACCAGCGCCGAUGUGGGCCGCUGCGUUACUUUGUGGCAGGGUUUCUGAGAUUACUUUGCCUAUCUCAUUAUCAAUGUGAAGUACAUUAUCUUCCCGUGCCUCCAGACCUAGAAUCAGUGCAUGUUGACCAUGUGGUGAAGAGCGUUGAUUCCGUUGCCCAGGAAACUGGAUCCUUGGUUAUGUGUCCCGGACUUACAAUGCCAAAUAGGUUGAACGGUGACAGUGUAGGUGGUAUCGUAGAAGCUAAUAUGGAGCCGUCUGAUUACAUACGUGGUUUGAGUGAUAAAGAAAAAUGCAAUUCCUACUGCAGAAUGUAUCCUGCUGAGGAUGCAGUUACAGUCAAUACUGCAACUCCGGCCUCAUGGGCACGCACAAGGUCCAAGACAAGGAGUCGGUCCUUUGGACUUAAUGCAAUGGGACCUGAAUCUGUAUCUAGGCCAGUACAGACUGCUCGUCAUGUGUCUACAGAUGGUUCUUUGGACAAUGAAGGGUAUGGGGCUAAGACAAGAAGGUGGUUUUUAGAUGAAGAAGAUAAGUGGGAGAGUCGUAGUGGAACAUAUUUGGGGGUGAUCAUGUGCAAUCAUGAGUGCAAAACAGUCCAAUGCAUGAAGACUCAAUCUUUAGCUCCUCGUGCAGAGCAUGAUGACGGAGUGGUCCAUUUGCUCUUAGUACGGAACGUUGGCCGUUUGCAGUUGAUGCGUUUUUUCCUAUUAAUGCAGUUUGGGCGCCAUCUUUCUCUCCCUUUUGUGGAGUAUAGUAAGGCUAGGGCAGUUUGGCUAAAACCAGCUCCUGGAGCCCAUCAUUGCUGCGGCGUUGAUGGUGAGCUACUGACUCUGGAUGGACCCAUCACAACUCGAGUGCAACCUCAUUCAUGUCAAUUAAUUGGGAAGCGGCAACGGGCAUUAGCACUGCAUUGAAUCAACUGAUAUUUUGAGAGGAUAAAAGGGUUCGUUUCGUGCCAUUGUGAUAAGGUAUUGAUGUGUAAAUAGAAAGAAUAAGGUGUUUAGAUGUAGGAGGCUUUACAGGUUUCUCAGAUGGUUUUAGAAUUCAUUCUCAAUAUGUAGAUAUUUUUCAUUUUUACUUUGACAGUCAUGAGAGCUUGAGGAGUUUAUGAAACGUUAGAGUUAGUACAAAUAAUGGUGGGGAUGGGCCACUCUGACUUCAAUGGUUUUAGUGGAUUAUGUACACUCCUUGACUUGGAUUAUGUAUUUUCUUGAUACCCAUUCUUUUCA